GCGGAUCAUUAUGUCGCGGACUGCUCUAGUGAAAAGUGUAAGGAGCGUUUUGAAAAAUUUCAAGAAGAUAGGAAAAAGGCGAAAGGCAUUUAUGAACAACAAUUGACAGAUAUCAAAGCAUAUAUAGGGUGGUUAAGCUUCAAAAAAAUAUUUUUUAAUACAGACAUAUUACAGAAUUUAUAAAGAGAAUAUGUCUUUUGUCUUUGAAAAGUGUCAGCGAAUGGAAAGGAAACGGAUUCGGUUUAUGAUAGAAAUGUUUUCGGGAAUACAAAAAAUUAUGGCGGAUUUGAUUAGCCCACAAAAGCUUUUACAAUUACAAGACAAACUGAGGGAACACUUUACAGAAUUAAACGACGCUUCCAUUGAGCUUGAUUUGCGACAAUGGUCGAUCUUGCACGGGAUUGAAUGUAAUACAGUUUGGCCUGAAUUUGAGGAAUAUUCUUCCGAAUUUCGACAAAUUCACAAUCCAAGUUCGGGAAGUAGGAAACACCGUCAAAAGGAAGCAACAGGGGUUAUGCUUACAAAAAAAGUGCCGUUGGGAGAUGAGGAGCAAGCAACGAACGAAAUAAGGAAAAGUAGGAAUGGGGAAUUAAAACAUCCAAGAUGCAAUUCUGAACCGAGAUGUCAUCACAAUUUAACUGCUAAUGUGGUCGAUCCAGAAAAGUCUUCACUUCCUGGUCCAGAUAAAUCUCUUUUCCUCGAUAAUGACUUGAAGAAUGGAGGCAGAAAAGAACCUUUUAAUUCGCUGGAAUCGAGAAGUGAAGAAUCCUCAAGAUGUGUUAAUCGUUCAACAAGUGUAAAUCCUUCAAUUAAGCACCAACAACUUCAAUAUACAAGUGAAAUUCGGCAUGAAAUAAACAAAUCUGCAGAGGAACCGUCUUCUUUAAAGGGAAACUCCCCAUGUUCUACAUCUUCGAUUCCAGUCGACCCCUUGCCCCUAAGGAGUGGUAGCGACGUUAAUAUUUGUGGUGUGGAAAGAAAGUAUUCUGUUGAAUACAAAACAUCAGCAGAGAGUGUUGAACAAUCACAUUUGCAAUUACCUACUGGACCAGCAAAAGUCAUUUACAAUUUCGAUCCAAAUGAGCCAGACGAAUUACCCUUAGUUUUAGGUUAUCAAAAACUUCUCAAAACCCCCCCUUUCUAA